UCCCACGUGAUUGUACGUGCGAGUCAUGAACCCAGGCACAACGGUGACGGCUUCCUCCACCACCGUCCUCCCACCCACCCACCACCACAGUCGUCCUUCCAAAUCUGGUCAGAUCUGUCAAAAACUCAGUGGACCUCUUGUUCAAAAAAAAAAAAAAAACUCAGUAGACCGCCGCUCCGCUUUCAGCCAAAUAAUCAAGAAAGCGAAGGACUUGGCAUUUUUGGAGAAAGAAGAUGGAGUCGCAUUGCUUGAAGUCAUCGGAAGCGGUGGCUGUGGAGUUGUUUACAAGGCGGAGUUACCGGGAAGUAAUGGAAAAUUGAUAGCUAUAAAGAAGAUCAUCCAACCCCCAAAAGAUGCAGGAGAUUUGAUGGAUGAAGAUAGUAAGUUUCUGGCCACGAAGAUGAGGCAAAUCAAAUCGGAGAUUCAGGCCGUUGGUCAGAUACGGCGCAGGAACCUUCUUCCUCUGCUAGCCCACGUGUCCCGGCCUGACUGCCAUUACCUCGUAUACGAGUUCAUGAAAAAUGGCAGCUUGCAAGACAUCCUAAACCAAGUUUCGAAUGGGACUCGACAACUCGAUUGGCAGGCUCGGCACAAGAUCGCAAUUGGGGUGGCUUCUGGGCUCGAGUAUCUCCACACAAGCCAUUCUCCGCGUAUAAUUCAUAGAGAUCUCAAGCCUGCAAACGUACUUCUUGACGAUGACAUGGAAGCUCGAAUUGCAGAUUUUGGGCUCGCGAAAGCAGUGCCCGACGCGCAUACUCACGUUACAACCUCCAAUGUCACGGGAACUGUUGGAUAUAUUGCUCCAGAAUAUCACCAGACAUUGAUGCUGUGUUUGUUCACAAACAAGUGCGACAUAUUCAGCUUUGGGGUACUGUUGGGAGUUCUGGUGAUAGGAAAGUUUCCAUCUAAUGAUUUCUUCCAACAUACAUCAGAAAUGAGUUUCGUGAAGUGGAUGAGAAAGGUCAUGACUUCUGAGGAAGAGGAUCCAAACAAAGCAAUUGACCCGAGACUGAUGGGGAACGGGGACGAGGACAAGAUGCUCCUCGUUCUUAAGAUUGCUUGCUUCUGCACUCUCGAUAAUCCGAAACAGAGGCCUAACAGCAAGGAGGUUAGGUGCAUGUUGUCUCAGAUCAAGAACUAAGAAAGCUACUUAAUGUUGUGUAAGUGCAAGAAUAAUGAUGCAUAUCAUGUAUGUGAUGAAGAAUGUUUUUUUUU